AUAAUAUAUUUAAUCUCAUAUUUGAUAAUACAAUAUUCACCUAACAGUAUUUUAUUUGAACUUAUAAUUUGUAAUAGGGUCAUUUACACUCAUAAAAUGAAAAUUCUUGAUCGUAUAAGUGUGAAUUUUAAUAAAGAUAUUAUUUAUUAUUUUAUAUUAUACAUUUUAAUAACUUAAUUUAUAUUUUAUUUUAUCUAUUUAUUUGUAAUUAGGUACUAGCUUUAAGUGCCUGUGUACUAUGGAUAAAGUAGCAGGAUAUAUCACAAAUAAAUUUUAUUAAAAAAAUUAUCUUUGUUUAAACAUUAUUUCAAUUAAUAUACGGAUUAUUCCAUGCCAUUAGCAGAUUAUUUAUCAAGCAACAGCCACCAAGCUUCAAGUUUCUACAAAUAGUAAAUUUGGUAUAAAAAAAUUAAUGUAAGUUAAAUGGCAUAAUUAAAUGAUGAUUACACAUUUUAAGUUAAGCAUUGAAAUAAGCUACAAUUAAGGUUACAUGCUUUCUUUAUUGUUUCGGUAUAUCUAAAUCAUAGUUUAUUAUGUAUGACAUGUUCUGAAUAAAAAGAAAUUCUUUGAGUACUUCCUUCUAGAAACUGAAACUUUCCAUCGCCGCUUCAAGAGCCAGAAGUAAACUAAGGUCAAGUGGUCCAGCGAGCAAGGAGCAAGGGAAUGUGAUGCUGUGCCAUUUUAGAGGACGAUGUCUAGGACAGAUUAAGGUGUCAAAAAAUGAAAGAGAAGCAAAAUGUGGGAAUACUUUGAACCAAUAACAAAAUCACGCCAACGUUGUUUACUUUGUGGUCAAGAAAUUUGCAUGAACAUGUCUAGACAUUUGCGGUGCAGACACCCUAAUGCUUAUAAACAGUACAAAUCAGAGAAAUUACGCUCUACGUCAGUGUUUGUGCAAGAUACACUAUGUCAUGAAGAGAGCGUAACAAAAUAUUUUACCAAGAUUUCUAAUGCUAGAUAUCAGUGUAUCAUUUGUUCUUUAACUUUAGUGAUACCUGUCGGCUUAUAUAGUAACCUGAAAACUCAUAUUGAAACGAAACAUCCAGAUGUUUUUGAUCAGAGUGAUGAUGAAAACCUUCAUACAUUACUGGAUAUGAACAAUAAAAAGCUAAAAACUCGAAAUUGGGUCACGAAUUAUUGUAAGAAAAUUGGAUUAAUAAAAUAUCAAUGUUUAGUUUGUAAUGAAGUAUUGAGAUUACGUAAAGGGCAUUUUGGAAAUAUGAUUCGACAUUUUAAAUGCAAGCAUUAUAAAAUUUUUGAUAAAGAAACAAAUAAAAGAAAUGUUACUUCAAGAAAAAAAGGUUCAUUCCGAGUUAAUAAUAAUAGCUCUGAAAAGGACGAUAGCACUGAAGUUUCAGAGGAUAAUGUUGAUGUAAAUAGUAGCGAGAAUGACACCAAUUCAUCUGAGUUUCCUAAAACAACAGAAACUACCAUAACAAAAGGAGUAAUGACGAAAAGUGACGGUACAUCUCCAGAACAGAAUGUAGACGAAACUGAAUACGUAAUAAGUACAGAAUCAAACGAUGUUACUGAUGAGGAUAAAGUUGAAUAUAUAGAAAUAGAUAUGAUAUCGGAAUCAAAUCCUGAUAUGGAACAAAUAGUAAGCGCGUUAUGUGAAAAAACUGUGUUAGGAAGACGAAAGAAUAAAACUUGUGUCUGGAAUUUCUUCAAAGCCAUCGAUAAAAAUCGGCUCUUUGCAUGUUUAUUUUGUGGUAAAACAAUAUCAAUAUUUCCUCAGAGUGUUGCAAAUUUAAGACGUCAUAUUUCGCAUGUACAUAAAAAACCGUACGACAUAAUAUUGAAAUAUGAGAAAACUCAAGAAAACGUUAAUGUUAAAGUACCAUUCACUGAAAAAUCUGAUGCUAAAGAUUUCGUCAAUACAUAUUUCGACGUAGAAGACGAUGGAAACCAUAAUUGUAAAAUUUGUUCCGCUGUUAUAAUGACUAUAGAGAGUGAUGAAUCCAUUCUAUUCAACCAUAUCAAGGAAGAUCAUCCAGAUGAGAUAAUGUCUUUUGUAGAAGCUCCAUCAUCGUCAGAUGAGUCACUUAAUGUUAUAAUUAAUAAUUUUAUGUGAAUAAUUAAAUAGACUUAUGAAGGAUUGAAGAUAUAUAAAGGAUAAAAAUAUGUCAUAUGUAUUUUAUCUUAUUGAUAUGCUGGUGACUAGAUAUUAUCCGCAACAUGCUUGCUGCUUUUUUAGUUAAAAGAUAACUUGAUGCCCGUGCUCUUGAUAUUAUCUUCUCGUCAAAUGUUAAUAAGAUGCAUUCAAUCUUUUAGUCGUGAAAUGGUAACUUACAACUUACAGAUAGGUACCUAGAUUAAUAUGCUAUUGUUAUUCUUUUAGAUUUAUUAUCUUAAAUUAUGUAAGUAAAAUUGAAUGAAUAUAACGCGUAGUCUACGUUACUCGCUGCUACGUUACACGUAGAUUUCUGUUGGCUGAAAGAAGUUUCAAAAUGUUUAAGUUUUGGAGACAAUCGAAUAUUUAAAAAAUGUAAUGUUUUAUAAUGUUAGUAUAGGUAUAUGUUACAUGUAAAUCGUUCGUUUGAAUCUGUAUUUAUAAGUUUAUUGU